AAUUUGUGCAUCCCACCCCAUCCUCGCCCUUCGCCUCCAUCGUUGCAUUCAGAGAAAACAAACAAAAAGUAGGGCCAACGAACUGCGAUCUAGGGCGAGGUUUCCAUAAAAAGCUCCCGUGAAACACGACCGCGUCAUGUCUGCCCCAUAUCUAUAUCCCGGGCCAAUAUCUCCAGACCAAUAUUCUCCAGACCAAUAUUCUCCGGGUUGGUCUUCCUUGCUUCAACCCCCAGGGAGAGAGGAAGCCUUAGUCUUACCGGGAACACUUUCCGAUCUCGAGAAGAGUUAAUGCUCCCCUCGCACAAGUCGUCCGUGCGAUGAUCCAUCCACCUUUCAUAACAUCAUGCAUUCGACUUGCGAUCCAUGACUGUCGACACUCAUCCGUCUAUCCUCGAAGGUCCCUGCACCAUCGAACGAAAGAUAGUCAUCGACCCAGGAUAUGGAUGAUGCAUCAUGUCCAAUCCUGCUAUCAAGAAUGCCGCUGGGACUUGGGUGACUGGAUGAGCGUUGUGAUGAUCCUAGUUUCAGCUGUCCCGGACUGCUGUCCGUCCCGUACUGGAAUACGAGGACAGCUGUGCUUUCCAAGGUCGCACCAAUCUGCUCGUCGGGGAAUUUUUUCUUCCAUGUUGCACGGCCAGCAAACCAUCUCCCACUCGGCGUCGAUGCCGCCAGCCGUUGCUUUUCCGGAAGGCACCUGUGCCGGGAGACCAAGAUUAUCGGGUCGAUAUCUGCAUAAAGUCGUCUUGAAGGAGGCUCGAAGAAGGCCAAGCGCAUGCCCAGACACACGGAGCUUUUAGUCAUGAGGCUCUUGGUAGAGGCGUUUUUUUUUUCAGGCUAAGUUACCACACCACAACCCGCUGAAAA